AUGGCAAUUGUUAGUUUAUAUUUGUUUUAUUGGUUUUGAAAUUUUAUCAAUUUAUAAAUUUUAAGGAUUUUAUUGUCGUUGAAAUUUGAAUUUUAGCCUUUUAAUUUAUUUUAUAAAUUGUAUUUCAGAAAGAUUCAUUCAAUAAUUUUUUGAAAAAAACAAGAAAUGCAUUCAAGAAAGGAGGUAAGCCAUAAAAAUGAUAAGCAAGCUACUUUAAAGCAAUUAGGCUUAACAUUAAAACAGCAUUCUUUAGCAUUGUAGUAUCUUUUAUUAGGAUUAUAUACUGUUACCUAAAACUAUUAUUAAGACUACCUACUGUUAACUAAAAUAGAGCUUUAGAAAAAACAAAAAUGUAGUUUUCUAUUGCUUUAGUUUCAUUUAUCUCAUAUUGUUUUAAUCUAGGUAACGACGUAGAACGGUCAGCUGAAUCCACUUCAAAAGCAGUCAAUAAAGCAGCCAGAAAUGUGGCAAAAUCCACCGAAAAAGCAGGUAAUCUUUGAUAAGACUUGUGUUUUUUUAUUUUACAUUUAAAAAAUAUCUUGAACGCAGGUCUUGUAUAUAGAACUUAAUGUUACCUUGAUAAACUGAGUUAACUAACAACUUAAAAAAUAUAAAUAAAAUUCGUAGUAAUCUAUUAUUCCAGCUCACAAUGUAGAGAAAGACACCAAAAAAGCGUUUAAGAAUGUCGGUAAGUUACUACUUGUAUGUAUUCGAAAAACAAAUUUCAGAGAAAAAGCUCAAAAAGUAA